CCCACGGUGCGGAAGGUGGGCGUCUGGCUCCUAAAUCCUUCCCUUCUGGCGUGGUGUGGCUCUUUCGGCCUCAGUUUUUUCCUCCUGAGAAGUGGGGACGCCCUGAGUCCUCGCGCUAAAGCAGGCGCUCGGGGGAUUCUCCAGACCCGGGGAGUUGGGCGGGGCCGGACCCCGGAGGAGCCGCUCGACUCGAGGGGUUCCCCCCCCCCAGCCCCUUACGAUGACCGCCCAUAUCCUCUUGCUGUGGCUCUUUGCUUCCUCCAUCCUGGGGGACCCAGACUCCGCGGGCAGGCUGACCCGGCACCAGGUUUCCCUAAAGAGCGGGCGCCUGUGUUCCCUGGGCACUUGCCAGACGCACCGCCUGCCAGAGAUCAUAUACUGGCUCCGUUCUGCCUCCACCAAGGAGCUCUCAGGGAAGGCUGGCCGCAAGCCUCAGGACCCCUACAGCUACGGGCGGCGGCGGCGGCGGCGGCGGCGGCGGGAGGCCAGACUCCUGCGGCGUCUCCAGGACCCCAGCCUGCGCAGAGCGCAACUUGCUGGGUGACAUUGGGCACAUCUCUACGCCUUCCCUGGCCUCAGUUUACCCAUCUGUGUAUUGAGGCUGUGACCUCAAGUUUCUUUUGCCCUAACUCCAUCCACCUCCCCAGACUGCAAUUGGGCUGGACCCACGUGCACACCGGACCCAGGCUGGACAAAAAAUGUUAACG